AUGCAAUCAACAUUUAGUGCUGCAAAAACGAUGGCAUAUUGGGGUGUAUUUAAAGAGCCACGUGGUUUAAUUCGGUUAUUAGAGUUUAUCUUUGCUAUAUUUGCGUUCGCUACAGCUGUGAAUGGUGCAUCACGUUUGAUAAUAAAUGCGCCAACGCCAUCUGAGCAAUUAUCGGCCGCUUGGUCUUAUCCAUAUUCCUUAAGUGAUGUUGUAAUAACAGGUACAAAUACUUCAGAACGAUUAUCAGAUUCAAAUGGAAUAAAACCAUCAGCAGAAUUUUUUGUAUUUACCGGUGUUACGUCAUUUUUACUAUCAUUAGCUGCUUGUAUUAUGUAUGUGUUUUUCGAUGUUAAAUAUCGACAAGAUGAACGCUUACCAUUACUAGAUUUAUUAAUUACGGUUUUGUGGACCAUAUUUUGGAUUGCUGGUAGUUCAGAAACAAAAUGGUUUAAAAGUCGUACAGCUCAACAGCAACAACAAUUUCCAUCUUCUGAACAACCACCUUAUGCACAACAAGGAGUUGAUGCCAUGCAGGCACCAAAAAGACCAGGAAUUAUUGACAAUAGAACAUAA